UCCUUUUUUCUUUGCCCUUUCUUUUCGCGGAAAUGUCCAAUUCCAAAUUUUAAUUGCCAUUCAUUCCAUACUUUAUACUAUAUCGCAUUAAUAAUUUAAUAUUCCGGAAGAAAUGAAAAAUACGGUCUGGACCGUUUAACCCGCUCUAACUCCACCACCACCACCGCCUCUCACGGCGCCGUCGAUCUUAUCUUAUUGUAUUAACUGAUUAGAUUCAGUGGCGUUAAGAUUUAGUAAUGAGUUCGAAGCCGUGGCUUUAUCCGGCGCCUACUUACCGUCCCUUGGAAUCCUACUGGGAUACGGAGGAAGACGCUCCCGGUCCUCGGUGUGCUCAUACUUUGACGGCAGUUGCCGCCACUAAUACUCAAGGACCUCGACUUAUUCUCUUCGGCGGCGCCACUGCUAUUGAAGGCGGCGGUUCUUCUUCCGCUCCUGGCAUCAGAUUAGCUGGAGUUACCAAUUCAGUUCACUCUUAUGAUGUUGUCACUAGAAAAUGGACCAGAAUGCGACCUGCCGGUGAUCCGCCGUCUCCUCGGGCUGCUCAUGCUGCCGCGGCGGUUGGUACCAUGGUUGUUUUUCAGGGUGGGAUAGGUCCUGCUGGACAUUCUACUGAUGAUCUUUUUGUGCUUGACUUGACUAAUGAUAAAUUCAAAUGGCACCGAGUGGUUGUACAAGGACAAGGUCCCGGUCCUCGCUAUGGGCAUGUUAUCGACCUGGUUGCCCAACGCUUCCUUGUUACUGUCAGCGGCAAUGAUGGUAAAAGAGUUUUAUCUGAUGCAUGGGCUUUGGAUACUGCCCAGAAGCCAUAUGCAUGGCAACGCCUAAAUCCUGAAGGUGAUAGACCUUCUGCUAGGAUGUAUGCGACUGCUAGUGCUCGUUCAGAUGGCAUGUUUUUGCUUUGUGGCGGAAGAGACUCCACUGGCAUGGCACUUGGAGAUGCUUAUGGCCUCUUAAUGCAUAGAAAUGGUCAGUGGGAGUGGACUCUUGCACCAGGGGUAUCUCCUUCACCGAGAUAUCAGCAUGCUGCGGUCUUCGUUGGUGCACGAUUGCAUGUAACAGGAGGUGUCCUGAAAGGGGGGCGUUCGGUAGAAGGUGAUGCAGCUGUGGCAGUUUUGGACACGGCUGCUGGAGUCUGGCUGGAUAGAAAUGGGCUUGUAACUUCUUCAAAAACAAGCAAGGGGCACACUGAAUAUGAUCCUUCUUUGGAGCUAAUGCGUCGGUGCCGCCAAGCCGCUGCUUCUGUUGGUCUUCGCAUUUAUAUUUAUGGUGGUCUAAGGGGAGAUGUGCUUCUAGAUGAUUUUCUGGUCGCAGAAAAUUCACCAAUUCAGUCAGACAUUAAUUCUCCUAUAUUAACCUCUGAGAGAGCCUCAAGCAUAACAAGUGCCAGGAUAAACUCUGCUAGUUUAAAUCCUUAUGAUACUAUCUCAGAUGGCGGACUAGAGUUCCCUUCACCUGGUGGCAUCAGUAUGGACAAAAAUUCAAUGGAAAAACUUAGGGAGGCUUCCGCUGCUGAAGCGGAGGCAGCUUCUGCUGUCUGGCAAGCUGCUCAGGCAGCAUCUGCCAAUUCUGCUGAAGAAACAUCUGUGUCCGAUGACAACUCACAAGCUGCAGAAGGAACUUCUGAUGGUAGUGACAUUGAGGCUGAUGUUCGCCUUCAUCCUAGAGCUGUUGUGGUUGCUAAAGAGGCUGUCGGGAACCUUGGUGGGAUGGUUAGGCAAUUGUCACUUGAUCAGUUUGAAAAUGAAAGUAGACGAAUGAUUCCUAUGAAUAAUGACAUGCCAUAUUCUGCAAAAAAGUUCACUAGGCAAAGGUCUCCUCAGGGUUUGCAUAAGAAGAUUAUUUCCACAUUGCUUAGACCUCGGAACUGGAAAGCCCCUGCCAAUAGGAGGUUUUUCCUGGAUUCUUAUGAAAUUGGUGAGCUUUGCUAUGCUGCUGAACAGAUCUUUAUGCACGAGCCAACAGUUCUUCAAUUGAAAGCUCCAGUAAAAGUUUUUGGUGAUCUUCAUGGGCAAUUUGGUGAUUUGAUGCGUCUAUUUGAUGAAUAUGGAUUUCCUUCCACUGCAGGAGAUAUAACGUACAUUGACUAUUUAUUUUUGGGAGAUUAUGUCGAUCGAGGGCAGCAUAGUUUGGAAACUAUUAUUUUGCUUCUAGCUCUCAAGAUUGAGAAUCCUGACAAUGUUCAUUUGAUACGUGGCAACCAUGAAGCUGCUGAUAUAAAUGCACUCUUUGGUUUUCGUCUUGAAUGCAUUGAGAGAAUGGGGGAGAGUGAUGGUAUAUGGGCAUGGACACGUUUCAAUCAACUAUUCAACUAUCUUCCACUUGCUGCACUUAUUGAAAAGAAAAUCAUAUGUAUGCAUGGUGGCAUAGGAAGAUCUAUUCAUUCAGUGGAGCAGAUAGAGAAGAUUGAAAGGCCCAUAACGAUGGAUGCUGGAUCUAUUGUACUAAUGGAUCUAUUAUGGUCUGAUCCAACAGAAAAUGAUAGCAUAGAGGGUUUGAGACCAAAUGCGAGAGGCCCUGGUCUUGUCACUUUUGGGCCUGACCGCGUAACGGACUUUUGUAAGAAAAAUAAGUUACAGCUCAUUAUUAGGGCACAUGAAUGUGUUAUGGACGGGUUUGAACGCUUUGCUCAAGGUCAAUUGAUUACGCUGUUCUCAGCAACUAAUUAUUGUGGGACUGCAAACAAUGCUGGAGCUAUACUGGUGGUUGGCAGGGGUUUGGUUGUGGUUCCAAAAUUGAUACAUCCCUUGCCACCGCCCCUUCAAUCGCCUGAAACAUCGCCAGAACGUGUCAUGGACGAUACAUGGAUGCAGGAGCUCAACAUCCAAAGACCGCCUACUCCAACUCGCGGUCGGCCACAACCUGAUCAUGACAGGAGUUCACUUGCAUAUAUAUGAUACUCCCAGACUGAUUUUUGUAAUUCAUGAGAUCAUUUGCAGAUUUCCCAUGUCUACAGGAAGCUCUGCUUGACCCUUGUCAAUUUCGAGCAAAAUAUUUCCCACUCGGCGAUGCUUGUGUUGUACUUUUAGAUUAUACAAAGAAAGAAGCAAAAAGAAAAGCAUUCUCAAAUUUGCCCAGCUUUAGAGAAGGUUUAGGGGUUAACCAAUGAGUGUAACAUAAUGUACACUUUAGUUUGAGCAGGGAUAGUUAUUACUGUUGAUAAUUUAUAGAGAAGGAAUAGUUCUGUGCAUUGUAAUAUAAACAGUUUUAAGAGGUUUUUACUGUAUAAUACGUUAAUAUUGUUUUUUCUUAAUUAUUCACAGUGAAUCUAUUGUGUUUUUUUCCGGGUUCAA